AUGCCCGUCUUCGACGCGUGGAUUCAGCACCCGACCCCAAAAAUGCUGCGUCAUCGGAUGUUUGAGCGGAUCCGACGCUGGACGGGUCUCGAUCCGGUACCCGACGAGUUUCCGAUCGAUCUCACCAUCGCGGCCCUCGAUGCCGCCGGGGUCGACCGUGCGCUGCUGUGUGCGUGGUGGGGACCGGACGGUCCGCUCAUCGAUAACGACACGGUUGCUGCGCAGGUUCGGGCGGCGCCGGAUCGGUUUGUGGCCGCGGCCUCCGUGGAUCUUCAUCGCCCGAUGGAGGCGGUUCGGGAACUCGAACGCUGCGUGAACGAACUCGGAUUCUGCGCCCUUCGGAUCCUGCCUUGGCUCUGGGGCCUACCGCCGGACGACCGUCGUUACUACCCGCUGUACGCGAAGUGUAUCGAACUCAACAUUCCGUUCUGUCUGCAAGUGGGCCACGCCGGACCGCUCCUGCCGUCCGAACCCGGGCGUCCGAUUCCGUACCUCGACCACGUGGCCUGCGAGUUUCCCGAGCUGAAGAUCAUCGGAGGCCAUAUUGGCUAUCCGUGGACUGAGGAAAUGAUUGCGCUCGCGCGGAAGUACGACAACGUCUUCAUCGACACUUCCGGGUACAAGCCGAACCGCUAUCCGGCGUCGCUCGUCGAGAUGAUGCGGGGGCGCGGACGGAAGAAGGUGCUGUUCGGGAGUAACCAUCCGAUGCUUUCGCCGAUGGCUUGUCUCGAAGGCGUGGACGAACUUGGUCUAGACGACGAAGCACGUGAACUCUUCUUGUACGGCAACGCGGCGCGAGUCUUCGGACUUUGA